GACGCGCGGUGACGUCACGCUCAGAGCCGGGGGGAAGGAGGACGGAAAGAAUGGCGACCCAGUGCCGGAGCUCCAAAUGCACGGUCGAAAGAAAAGGAUUCCGGAGGGAACUCGACUCAUGGCGGCACAAACUCAUCCACUGUGUCGGGUUUGAAAGUAUUCUGGAGGGGAUAUAUGGACCAAGGCUGCUGCAAGAUCUCAAUAUAUUUGAUGAGUGUGAACCAGAGGCGGUGGAUGAUUGGUCCGUGAAUGCAAACUGCUCCUUUUGCAACCUGCAGCUAGAGAAACUGAAUGACCAUCCUGCAGUGGCUGUUCCUGGCUCGCCACCCCCUGCUGAAACCCCCCCACCUCAGGGCCCGUCCACCUCUGAUAAACUCCAGUGCCAAGCAGACCGAUUCCUCAAUGCUUUAUUUCGUAAGAAGGAAUUCCCUCAGAGCUGUGAUUCCAGUAUACCGUUGGUGGCGCAGGAGUUGAUGCGCAAGAUGAUUCGGAGGUUCGCCUUAGAGUAUGCGUGUAAAAGCCAGGCUCACGAAGGCCUGAAUGGCCUGAGCGACAGCUCUGAGCUUCUUCCUCAUCAACCAGAUCCUGACGGGCCUCUGGACCUCACCAUCAGCCGAGCUUCUCAGGCCCUGAAAGUAGAUGGAGCACUUGACCUCUCUAAGAAAAAUGCAUCAUCGGAAAAUGAAACUCCUCAACGAAAGGUUUCAGGUUCCUUAGGGCCAUGCAUGGAAGACCAGUCCAGGUCGGAGAAGGAAGAUGGCUCUAAUGCUCGAGCGGUCUGUAGAGUCACUGUGUUGGAGAAGGUCCUGUCUUCACUUUGUUCUCAUCAUAGACUGCUGCUCUAUCAUAUUUUAAAGGACGUGCAGGAAGAUUAUAACACCUCUGUAACUCUGCGGGAUGCUCAAAGAAGAGAACUAAAGGCUGGAUCCCUCUGUUGUCAUACUGAUAAAAAAACACUUAAUAAGGCCCCAAUACUUUCAUUAAGUGACUGCUCCGUAAAUGUUGGCAUUUGUUGCAGAACAGCUUGUAGGCUUCCAACAUGUGCAUUUUCUCCUCCAUGCGUCUGUCUGAGGAACAUUCAUGGCCAUUCCUGCCAAAAAACAUCUAUGGCGUGUGUUGGCCAAGACAUCGGUUCCAACCCCACUGUUUGUUGUACUCACUCAAAACUACCCUCAUGCCAGCAGCAGCACAAUGGUGAUCAUACCUACAUUUCUCACGUAAGAGAAGCUCUAAUCACCCAUCAGGGUGAUUGUAGAUGUAAAGGAAGCCGUAGCCCCUCCCCACCACCACUAUCGCCAAAGCCAAUGGACCUGGACUGCAAAGUAGCUGUGAAGUCCAGUCUCUUCCACAUUCAGGACUGCAAGUCCAUGAACAUGACACCUCCUUCUCUCCUACCUCACAGAACCGAGGAUGAAGAUACAGCUUUGUACUCUAACACUCUUCUACGUGUGGCAUCUCCUGAUGUAUGUCGCGAAAAGGUUGUAAUGUUGCAUGCACAAGCAGAGAAUGACCACCAGUGUGGAUCUUUUAUAGGAGAUCUAAUGGAUAGAGUCACUGAAAAGCUCAGGAGUAUCCAACCUUCAGAGACGGAACAAAAUCUCACGAACCAUGCCAGUCAAAUCUCCAAGACACAAGAUGACACACAUUUGACAGAGAUUAUAACAACUGUGCUACACAAUAGUAGUAACAAAGAUUACAACCUUAAUGAGCUAUUACAACGGCAUGUAGCCACAGAGCAGCGAUCCCCUCAGACACGAUCACGUAAGAGACUGGAAACGUUAGUUGCCAUGAGCAAGUCCCCUGACUUUCCAUCAUCACGAAGACGAAGCUUACAAAUCAAAAGAGAUCUGGCCAGUUUUAGUUCAUCAUAUUUCAAGAGGAAUAGGGGGUUUGAGAGAGAGAGGUCCUUAAAAACGGUUAAACCUGCGCAGCUAACAUACUCUCUUGUUGAACAAUCUGAAUGCAUAAAGUUGGACGGAAAAUCCAAGACUGUGUACACAGAGCCUGUAAAAAAUACCUUAGAAAAUCUGAAAACACAUGCACAAACUGAGACACUGAAAAAUCAAGAGAGCCAAGAAACUAAACCAAAUACUGUACGUCUUGAAGAACCACUGCCUCCAGAUGAAAGGCCACAAUUACAAACAACAGAUAGUGACCAGAAGGUAAAAGCGAAAACCCGCAAAAAGAAUAAUCAGACUGUUCAAGUUGGUAGAGCCAGACGAAAUAUUGUACCACCUCAGCGUUUCUCUUCCUAUGUUACUGAGCCACGAAAAAUGUAUUUUGCAGCCUGUUUUUCAGAAAGUUUAUUCACCAAGCAUUCCCCUAAGGACAGCACCUUAACAGCACUUAGCUCUUCAGAAGAAAUCUCCUGGCCAAGUCAUGUAUGUGACAAGCAGCCUUCUCAAACUAAGGAUGAACAAGAAGACUGUGAUCUGCCACAGAACACAACUUCAUCGAAAGAUGAGAUUCUAUCCAUAAAAGAGUCACCAUGUGAGCUCAAGAGUAAUUUUAGGAAUCCCGAUAAAGGGAGUGCAAGAAAAAGGCCAUCCACCUUGCCAUCAAAAAGAUCUAAACGCCAUAGAACCAACAGUCUAAACACUGACCCACACAGUCCUACUGAAACUAUGUCUAACUUUACUACCACUGAGAGUGCACAGCAGGCUAAAGCAAGCCUGUCUGGAAUGAAAUAUGAAAGUCCAAUAAAGCUCAUGUUUGUUUCCUCUGUGACCGGUGAAGAUGGUGUAAAAUAUACUCUCAAAGCAGCUGCCUCUGGCUCAAAUUCCCAUGGAGAGAUGUUUGAUCCAUGUAUGGAAUCCUCAUGGGCAGGCAGUGCCAUAGACAAACAUUUCCACAAAUCUGUCUUUGAAUCUCCUCCACGGAGAACAGGUGAGCGCAGUGGGAACAAGUGCACUUCACCGAAAGUGCUUUCACUCAAUGCAUUAUUGCCCGGUUGUUCAAGCAAAGAAGGUGGAAUCCAAGAAACACUACCAAGUGUACAUCAAACAACUCCAGGAAAAAGGCGUCCUGGGCGCCCCAAAAAAAUAAGACCACAUAUUGAGAAGUCUGUGAAACGCCCCAUUGGCAGACCUCCGAAACCCAAAACAACUGAUGUAAGUUCUCCGACUGGUACAAGCGGUUUAAGUGCAGUGAGUCAAAGAACAACAGAAAUGUCUUAUAAGGAUGAUGAAAACAAAAAUCUAAAAAUCACUAUAAUGUAUGGAAGAUCAAGAAGGGCAAAAAGAGUCGUUUCUGAAGAUUUGAGUAAUUUCCCAGCAGAGCAGCAUGUUUCUGAAGUAUUAAAUGGUGGAACGGACAGUAAAACAUGCUCUGGAAAGAUGAGUAGUUCUGAUCAAAUUAUCAAAGAUCUCCAUUUUGUUAUGCCUAUUGAAGAGAGGAAAUGCAUCUAUUCUAGCAGCAACAUCAAAUGUCAAAGACUGAGUGACACAGCAGUGUCAAGAAAACCAGGAAGACCUCCAAAAGUCAAAAUUUCUGGGAUCUCUGUCACUGUCACCACAGGGUCGCCAAGGCAAAGAAAGAUACAUUUAAAAAGGGACACAAAAGAUAUACAAAUUCUUAGAAAGACUCUUUGCAAUGAAUUUCAACCUUCUAAAGAUCAGGAGACAAUUGGCAUUCCUAAUAACAUUCACAAGGAUACAGGGGCUGCACCAAAAGAACAUAACCAGAAUACCAGAGGGCAGGUCAUACCAGUGAGGCAUUCGGUUAGAGAGCGGAAACCCUCCAUUCAUUUGCUCCACUCUGUAGCUACUGCCAGAUCCUGUGCAUUGGUUCGCAGGUCACGAAAACUACUGAUGAAUAAGGUUAGCUGUGAGGCCAGCCAGAAUACAAAGAACGCACAAGAGGAGCUCCCAAAAAAUGCACUUUCCAUAAAGACCAAGUAUGUCAGUCGCGCACAAGACAUUGUCCAUUUUUCUGCUGUUUCGAUGGACUCUAUUUUUUCACUGAAUGAGGACUUCAGGUGGUGGCCCACCUCUGCAUCACCUGAAACUUUAAAUGAAGAGUUGGCUAGGAGGAUCAGGCUAAUGUCCAGCACUUGGGUAUCAGAUGUCCCGGAGGCUAACAAGUCAGGAGAGGUUAAAACUGAUCUUAAACCGAAACCUUGUAAGAAGCUCGAUGGUUCUGCUGAGAAGCCUGCUUCUGCCAUCAAAAUGCUUUUUGAGAAAAACUAUAAUAUGGAGAAGCUCUGCACUUGGUUUAUGCAGUCCACAGAAACUCAAUCCCUUGCGAUUGUAAAGAAAGCAACUGCAAGAAAUCCCAAAGACGUCUUUCACUACAACCUGAGCAGACCCAAUUGCAAAGUGAAUAUUUGCCCAAGUCCACAAGCAGAAAGACUCAGGAAACAUGUCAAGAAAUUUGCUAAAGUCGUCCCAAAGAGUCCGUCAAUGCUCAAGCAAGCACAAGAAAUGCGGUCAAAGUCAACAAUGUCACAAGCCAAGAGAAAACCUUUUAACACCUCAUCAUUAAAGCCAAGGCAUGAAGAUAGGCAGCACAUGUCUAGAAGCACAUGGGUUGUCUACAGAACAGCUCUGUUAAAAGCAAGGCUAAAGUUUAAAACCGGGCCUAGGAUAAAAUUAGGAGGGCACAAUUUUUUUCAUGACCAGAUGAGGACAAUGACUUCAGGUGCUAAGACUCUAGAAUUAUUGAAAGAAAUGCCUAAUUUGGUAGAAAAGACCAGACCAGUCAUGAAAGUUCAAAAUGCAUUAAAGCUUCUAGCCAAAACUCCUCAGAAAAUUAUUGCCAAUAUUUCAAAGCAGAACAGAAUCAGCUCCCAAGCUUGGAGUCCCGAGUCCCUAAAGGAGUGCAGGGUGUUUCUGAAAAAGAUCAACUCCCCAAACACAAAGUCAAUGACAGAGGAAUGUAACAAUUGCACAGUAAAGCUAUAUGAUGAGGAAGAAGAGAAUGAGGAUGUUACGUUGGGAGUGACGCCUCAAAGUACAGGUAACUCUCCAGUACAGCUGCCCUCAUCCCCAAAAAGCCUGAGCAAGAAAGGUAGAAAAAGAGGCAAACGGAAAAGUGCCAGCACAAGUCCAUCCCCUUCGACAAAAAUCAUCAGACAAUCAAGGAGCAGCAGGGGUGUCCUGGGAGCGAGGUGGUGUGACUUUGUGCUCGGGUCAUUGAAAUAACAUGGAACCAGUUUUGGGCAAGGCAUUUUCUUGAACUCUAACAUAAGGUGCCUUUCAUAAGGGGUCUGGCUGAGUAUCGCAAACAUUUUGACACGCGACCUCGGCAAGCGUCAUGUAGCAAAAAC